ACUUAACGAGAACAUGACUCGCCUUGUUGUGAGUAUUCCCGUGUUCGCAUCGCCAUCUUGUUGCGAUCCUAAUUUUUACGUAUGCGAGGAUUUACUUUCUGUUUGGCUGCUUUAGGAAUUAUUCCUCUCCUCUCAGGAAACCCACAGAGGGGGGGCCGCGUUGGUGGUGCGGCAGUGACCCGUGCACACGGCCCUUUCUGUCGGGACAGCUCAGUCUUUUUCCUCCGCGUCCCUGGCCACCGGGUCCCCUGCCCUGACGGUUUACGCGCAAUGAGUAUCGAAACACUUUUGGAGGCUGCCAGAUACCUAGAAUGGCAAGCCCAGCAGCAGCAACAAAUCAAGCAUGCAGACAAAGAGCAACGUAAAGAGAUGGACCUCAUCGCCACAGAGGCUGAAUCGGGCCGUGCAGAGAUUGUCUCUUCGCCUCAGCCUGUGAGAACCAACCAUAUUGCUUGGAGUGAUGACACCCACAGUCAACAGACACAUCACCCUACUGCCCCUCCAGCUCCCUCUCUUCCACCUUCUCAAGUCCCCAUUGCUGUCAUCCCAAUGGUCCCAGUCGUCACCGCAACACCCUCUGUCCCGCCCCUACCUCUCUCAACACCUAUAGCUGCCGCCGCAACGUCACUUAAUAGCCCCCCACCGGUCAAGAAAGAGGACGCCUCCUCGCCCCCCCAGCUGCAGCAGCAGACGCCUCAUCACCUAGUGUGCUCCCCCCAAAUCAAAGUGGAAGGUGCUCAACAGCUUUUUGAUGUAAAGUCCGGUCUAUCACAGCCUCAAGUUCAGAUCCAGUUCCCAGGACCAAUCAACACUAACGGUUCUGGUACUCAUCAUGCACUGGUGCCCCGCCAAGCUCCGCCGCCAUGCCAGCAACGUCCUAAUGGCGUGCCGUUAGAAGACAUGAGGAGUUUGGAAGGGAAGAGGAGACCAGGAGGUGCGGGGACCAGAGAGGUGCACAACAAGCUAGAAAAGAACAGGCGAGCACACCUAAAGGAGUGCUUCGAGACGUUGAAGAAGAAUGUUCCGAAUGUGGAUGAGAAGAAAACAUCCAACCUCAGUGUACUACGGAGUGCAUUACGCUACAUACAGACUCUGAAGCGUAAAGAAAAGGAGUACGAGCACGAGAUGGAGCGUCUGGCCAGGGAGAAGAUCGCUACGCAGCAGCGGUUGGCCGAGCUGAAGAACGAGCUCGGCCAGGUCAUGGAUGUCAUGGAGAUCGACCGAGUCCUCAGACAGACCAUCCAGCCAGAAGACGACCAGGCCUCCACAUCCACUGCUUCAGAAGGGGAAGACAACUUUGAGCAGGACAUAGAGGAGGACGCCACGCCUGCUCCUAUACCCCUGCCCAAACCAGCUCCCCCCGUCCUACAAGCGCAGCCGCUCCUCGCCCCUCAUUUAUCCAUCCAGCACACUGCUCUUCCUCUGUCUGGAAUCCUCAGCACCCCUUCUCCCUCUGGUCUCCCUCCCCCCCAAGCCAUUGCCCCAGCUCCAGUCCCAGGACCUCCCCCACUGCCUCAAACGCUGUCACACCGCAUCCAGCCCUCACCAAUUCAGGUCCAGCCCACAGUCAUUGCCCAUGCCGCCGUCUCCCACCCGUCAGUCAUCCAAGCCGUCAGUCAUACUCUUCAAGCCAAUCACAAACACCUUACCCACAUUGCCCCCUCACCUGGACCCACCUCCUCCAUCCCUCAGCCAAUCACAGCCGCUCCAGCUGUCCCCGUCACUGCCACGCACCAACAGAUAGCCGCCCAGCCCAUCGGACACAUCACCGUCCAUCCGGUGGCUCACAUCGGAGCACCUCUGACAUCCCACCUCCCGGCUCUUUACUCCCAGGGGGUGACCGUUUCCCAGCCCACCAUGGUGGGCCACAUCACCCACACCUUCACCCACCACACCCUGCCGCACGUUCAAGCUAAUACACAAGCUAACACUAACGGAGCCCAGGUGAACAGCACGGUGAUGAGCCAGGGGAACCAGUCGCUAGGAAAGCCCACAGCAGUGCUGGCCCCACACACUCAGCUGGUGGGGCAGGCAACGGUCCUCAACCCCGUCACCAUGGUAACAGUUCCAACUUUUCCCGUCAGCACGCUCAAACUGGCGUGAGUAACGAAAAUAAGCGAUUUAAUGGACUGAAUUGAGAACUUUAAAAGCUUUUGGAGAUCAUGAAACUCACUAGUUUCUGUCAAAUCUCUGAGAAACAAAAGCAAGCAGCUGAUUUUGAACAUUUUCCAAAAUAUACGUGUUGUAGGAUUUUUGUUUUUAUCAAGAACAAAAAUCACGAAAGCAGCUUCAGUGGCUCAGACCAUUGUUUAAAGGAAUGAAACUUUUGCCUCAACUGUCAAGGCAGGAACUCUGACCCUUCUUCCUUUUCCUUCACUCCUCUGCAAACAGAAGCACUAACAUUAUAAGCUUAUUUUACACUCAGGCAUCAAAGAGUUACCUUUAACCUUCAUUCAUUUAUUCAUUCAUUUAGGAUUUUGUUCAUGGUUGCUCCUGGAGUGAAGACCCAUCUGUCUUCCGUGUUGGACUGAUGUGGUAACAAAUGAGGGCGUAUUAAAUAGAUUGCACUUACAUGCUAAAGAUUGACAGAAAAGUUUCCUUUUUUGUGCGUCUUUUUUUGCUUCAUUUUAAAGAUUUUAAGAAAAAUAAUUAUUGGAUGUCUAAUGCAUUUAUUAAAUCGGAGUAAGAAUCGGAGAAUCAGGAAGGCACAAAUUAAGUACUUUUUUCAGGGGGUCAGGGAACUUUCUGUAGAAAAACAUCAAAGCGAACAGUGUAUAAGUAAAUAUUGAAAUCGACUGAACUGCAAAUCAGCAGUUUGAUGUAAACAAGCAAAAAGUGCCACAGAAAGCUGAGCGCUCGUUCCAAAUCUGAUCUGUAACUGUGUUGAAAGGACGCUCAUGCUUUCAUCUUUUAUCCAACGCAACAGCGCCCCCUGCUGCCUCAUCCCAGAACGUACAUGGAAGUGACACGCCUGGAAAACAUAUUUCUUUGAAAAAAUGAAACCUGCGUUUAACAUAUACUUUUAGUAAAGUUCAUAUGGUUAAAAAAACCAUCAUGCAUUUGGUAAAUUUGGUUAAAAAAAACUUAAAAGCUCCUGUGAGCUGAUAAAAUGUGUUCUUAUGCACUUUAUUGUGCACACACAACCUUCUCCCCAUCCUGUAAACCUCUCAUAUGCCCCCCCCCCCCAUCUUCAUCUACUGUCUGUAGAUUUUAUGUCCAAAUGUGAGCAUAUGUUUUAUAUAUUCUGUACUAUAUGCUGUUUUCCUUGUAGCAUGGCAGUUUUAUAUGCAGUUUGCCCUCUGCAUGAUGGCGUGUGCGUGUGUGGCCAUUGGCAGUUUAUUUUUUUACAUAAAAAUAAUUUAUGAGACGAGCCUGUUGGGACGUUAUGGUCUGCGCCCGAUCCUCAGUUUCCCUGAACACUGUGACAAACUUUGGCAAAUUAUGUACACAUAAUGGACGGAAGACGGAAAGAGUUUGUGGACUGAGCCAUGGAGUGGAAAAAAAAUCAAAUAUGAUCCUGUUGCUCUUUUCUUGACACAAAAUAAUGAUGUCUAAUAUUAAAUUUCAGUUCUGUAAUGUUUGUCAGUAUGAAAGUUUUGUAAAUUGUGAUUGUGCGCAUGUCAAUGCAUUUGAGUGAAAUGCUUAUUUCUGUUGGAUUCUUUUGUUUUGCAUGUAAGUUGCAUUUUAGAUCUUUUAAGUGUUUUUUAUUUUAUUUUAUUUUAAUGGUUGUUUUGGGACCAUGUACAAUACUGUAUAAUGUGGGCAGAAUCCUGGACCUCAUGCUACAUUGAUAUUAUAUAUGAAUAUAAAAAAAAUGUUUUCCCUAUGGUGAAAGUUUUAAGUUAUAUAUCGCCUGUACUCUUUGGGCUGCCUUUUAGAUCUAACUGUCCACUGUUUAAGAUAACAAUGAUAAUAAUGAUGGAGCAUUAUGCUGAUGGAAUAAUGAAGAUUCUUAAUAAAUCUUAUUACAUUUA